CUUUCGCCUCUUUCUUUUGCACUCUUGGUUUUUUCAACCUUUCAGCUUAUUUUAAUUUUUUUGUUGCUGUUUUUGAUGGCGUCACAAAACACUGCACCGCGACGCACCGCAUCCGCCACGGCCACCAACCCGAAGCUCAAGAGCACAGCGUCCACCAUGGAUGGCCAUGCCGUCACGCGAAGACUCCAGCAAGAACUCAUGCAACUCAUGGGCGCGGCGGAUUUGGGCAUUUCGGCCUUCCCACAGGGAGAUUCGCUGUUUAGCUGGAUUGGCACCAUCAAGGGCGUCAGCGGCACUGUGUAUGAGGGUCUGAGCUACAAGCUUUUGCUCAAGUUCCCAAGCGCGUACCCGUUCAACGCCCCCACUGUCACGUUCGAGACACCCUGCUUCCACCCCAACGUGGAUGAGCGCGGCAACAUUUGCUUGGAUAUUCUGAAGGACAAAUGGUCUGCACUCUACGACGUUCGCACUAUUCUGCUGUCUAUUCAAAGCUUGCUCGGAGAGCCAAAUAACGAGAGCCCUCUGAACGGCCAAGCAGCAGGUUUGUGGGCCAAUCAAGAAGAGUUCAAGAAGUUGCUGCUUCAAAAGUAUAACGAGAACGCCAACAAGAAGUAGAGCAGACCUUUCGCUAGUUGCAGCAAGCGCAGCCAGUUAUCAAAAACGUGUUGAUUAUCGUGUUGUUAUGAAUGGAAAGAAAAAGAUAACAUUGACCAAAAAAACCAC